UUAUCGGGAGCUCGGACUUUGAAAUUAAAUUUAUUUCUGUGAAUAUAUAAUUUGGUUCUAUGUGUACCUAUCACUUUUCGAACCGGCUUCUUCAUUGUGUGCUUAAAAACAAUUCCAAACAGCAAAUUGUUAAAUAAACGCACGUUCAAGUUCAAAGUGCAAAUAGCCAGUUGAACUGUAAAUUAGUUGAUUGAGAUAGCUAAAAAUAUGGGAGCACUUCGAAACAUCUUUUUUGGGGCAGUGACUCUUCUUAUUGCGUUUUCUUAUCAAGCAUAUCGAGACAUUACCAAACCUUACCCAAAGCCUGAUUUAGAUGUGAAAGAAUUUUGGGGCCCUGGGGAUGGAAAGGACUAUAAAGAGCUACACCAAUUCAAACCUUUUAAAAUUUCAUAUUCUAGCGAGGUAAUAAAACGUUUAAUGGAUAGACUCGACGAUGUCCAAGUAAUCACUGAUCCACUUGAAGAUACUGCAUUUGAAUAUGGAUUUAAUGCGAAUCGUUUACGAGAAAUUUUGAGUUAUUGGAAGGGUGAAUAUCUGCCGAAAUGGAAGGAACGUGAAGCUUUUCUCAAUCAGUUCCCGCAAUAUAAAACUAAAAUUCAAGGAUUGGACAUUCAUUUCAUUCAUGCCAAACCAAAAGCCACUGAAAACACCAAAGUUUAUAAACUUCUUUUGUUGCAUGGUUGGCCAGGAAGUGUUCGAGAAUUCUAUGAUAUUAUUCCGCUACUUACGAAACCGUCUAAAGAGAACAUUGCAUUUGAAGUUGUGGCUCCGAGUCUUCCCGGUUAUGGAUGGAGUCAGGGUUCUGCGAAACAAGGAUUGGGACCAUUGAAAAUGUCUGUUAUUCUGCGAAAUCUUAUGAUUAAACUAGGUUUUGAAAAGUUCUACAUCCAAGGUUUGCUUCUAUUUUCCUUUAAAACUAACCGCAUAGCAUUAAAAGUUUUUGUGAAUUUAGGAGGUGACUGGGGCUCUUUAAUUGGAUCAAACAUGGCCACAAUGUUUCCAGAAAAUGUUUUAGGAUAUCAUAGCAAUAUGUGUGGCGUUAAUAGUCCGUUAGCCAACAUUAAAACAGCAAUUGCUUCGUUUUAUCCAUCAUGGUUUAUCGAAGAAGAGAAGCUCAUUAAUUGGAUUUAUCCAUUUACGCCAAAGUUUAUGGAUUUGUUGCAAGAGUCGGGAUACAUGCACAUUCAAGCUACAAAACCUGAUACAAUUGGCGUUGCUUUACAAAACAAUCCCGUUGGGCUUGCAGCUUACAUCAUUGAAAAAUUUUCAACAUGGACAAACUCUGAAUAUCGUAAACUGGUUGAUGGUGGAUUAGAAAAGUAUUUCACACUCGAUGCACUGUUAGACAAUAUCAUGAUUUACUAUUUGACCAAUUCAAUAACAACUUCAGUUCGCAUUUACAAAGAAGCUUUUCCUGAAAUGGCUGAAUAUAAUAUGGAUCGUGUGCCACUCACUAUUCCAUCAGCUUGUGCUCAUUACAAAUAUGAAAUAAUGCAUCAACCAGAUUUCAUUUUGAAAGAUAAAUUCAUAAAUAUGGUUCAUACAUCAUACUUUGAUGAUGGUGGUCAUUUUGCGGCAAUGCAGUUGCCAAAAAUUAUGUACGAGGAUUUUACAGAGUUUGUUGAGAAAACUUUGGUUUAAAUGCUUUGAAAUUUGAUUCAGUUUUGUUUUCAAAGACAUUUAAAUAAGAGUUCAUUUUUUGUUUAUUAUCUUCUGUGAAAAUAAAAUGAAAGUUUCAAGAAAACAAUGUGAAUUUU